GGAAAGAAAGUGUCAGGAAAUCAGGAGUGUCACAUGGUGCCAUCAGGUCUAGGGAGAGGAGGACCAAAGAGGCCAGAGCAUUGUCACUGAGGGAGCUGAUGUGGAAGCUGGAUGGAGGAGAGGGUGGACGUGAGGGGUCAGCUAGGGGGUGGUCGGGAAGACUGGGGACCCUGGUCCAGUCCCUGGACACCAGUCUGGGGCCAUGUGAGCAGGGGGGUCCCAGGCCAGGGAGGUUCACAGGGCAGGAGCUGUAUCUUGAGAUUCUGUUUUCCAGGCUGUUUCUCUAUCCAAGGCCCAGAGUCCGUGAGAGGCCCAGAGAAGGGCUCAGUGACCGUGCAGUGUCACUAUAAACCAGGAUGGGAGAUCUACAGAAAGUGGUGGUGUCGAGGAGCAAGGUGGGAUUUAUGCAGGAUCCUCAUUAAAACCACUGGAUCAGAGCAGAAGGUGAAGGAGGACCGUGUCUCCAUCAGGGACGAUCAGAGAGACCGCGUGCUCACCGUGACCAUGGAGGAGCUCAGGCGAGACGAUGCAGGCACUUACUGGUGUGGGAUUGAGAGAACCGGAGUGGACCUGGGCACACGAGUUAAAGUGGCCAUUGACCCAGGUAAGAACUUCCUCGUCUACACUGUGAGCCCUGAUGCUCAGGACUGGAAGAGUGAGGGCAUUUCUCCCUCUUCCCCAAGGGAACUGGACAACCCUGACAGCCUCACAUUCUCGCACCGGAGCCCUGGAGGGAACAGUUCUGAGCACACCAGCAAGCCCGCCAACUGCCAACAACCAUACAGGAGUCUCCUCUGGCACCCCCAUCAGGAAGUUCAUGGGGGUCUUCGCAGUGGGGCUGCUGGGCCUUGCCUCACAGGCGUUGCUGAGCUGGCUAAUGGCUCCACAGUGUCAGGGCAUGACAGGCCUGGAGGGGCCCAGGGCUCUGAUCACUCUGCCUCCUCUCACAGGACCCAUUACAUGCUCCUGGUAUUCGUGAAGGUGCCCGUCUUGCUCAUCUUGGUUGGUGUUGUCCUCUGGUUGAAGGGGCCCCAGAGGGUCCCCAAGGAGCAAUGGGAAGAGCCUAGCUAUACAAACUUGUCCUCUGACCUUCUGACCAAGGACACAGCCCCUUAGACGGAUGGAUGGGAAGAACCUUCUGACCCUGGACCCUAUUUGCAGGGGAGACACAGGAUGUGGAAGAAAUGCCUCUGGGUCCUUAGGAGGCAAUGACUGAGGCUGGGGGCUCUGGGGACUGGCCGAGUGCCCUCCCUGCUCCGCACAGCUCAGGGACACAGCUCAGUCUCCUCCUAAGG